AUGGCGCAUAGUGGUGGUGUUUUAAGUUCGGAUAUAUCUCGAAGAAAUCCACAAGAUGAGUACGAGCUGGUGCAACGGAUUGGUUCGGGCACCUAUGGCGAUGUAUACAAGGCCAAACGCCUCAACGGCAACGGUGAGCUUGCUGCCAUCAAGGUGAUAAAGCUGGAGCCGGGUGAUGACUUCGCCAUCAUCCAACAAGAGAUUCUCAUGAUGAAGGACUGCCGACAUCCCAACAUCGUCGCUUACUACGGCUCCUAUUUAAGACGAGACAAGCUGUGGAUCAGCAUGGAGUAUUGCGGUGGUGGCAGCUUACAGGACAUUUAUCACGUGACUGGUCCACUGACGGAGUUGCAGAUCGCCUACAUGUGCCGUGAGACACUCACCGGCCUCUCGUACCUUCACAGUAUGGGCAAGAUGCAUAGGGACAUAAAAGGUGCUAACAUUUUACUCACGGAGUGCGGCGACGUGAAGCUGGCGGAUUUUGGGGUGUCGGCACAGAUAACGGCGACCAUCAAUAAAAGGAAGUCGUUCAUCGGGACGCCGUAUUGGAUGGCACCUGAGGUAGCAGCAGUGGAGAGGAAGGGUGGUUACAACCAGCUGUGUGAUAUCUGGGCCUGCGGAAUAACUGCUAUUGAACUGGCAGAACUCCAGCCGCCGAUGUUCGAAUUGCACCCCAUGAGGGUGCUGUUCCUCAUGACAAAAUCCGGGUUCAAACCUCCUCAACUGAAAGAGAGAGAGCGCUGGUCCCAGGUUUUCCAUUCCUUUCUGAAGUUGGCACUCACGAAGAACCCCAAGAAAAGGCCCACUGCUGAUAAAUUGCUACAGCACGCUUUCUUCCAACAAGAUAUGAACAAGCGCUUAGCGAUAGAACUUCUGCAAAAGUACUCCAACCCACCCAGCCACUGCGGCAGUCAGGAGUUAGAUGAAGACGGGGCGUUAUCGAACGUCCCGCAACGCAUCGCGUCUAAGCACACGGGUCGUGGCCGACGUCUCCUGGAGCCGGUCGUGUCGGUGUCGUCGCGUCCCCGCAGCCUGGCCGAGAGGGCUCCUCUCAAGGCGCUCAAACCAAACCUGUGCCGGCCCGCUUCACUGCUCGACGACACGACACCGACACGACUGGGCGACGCGACGGACGCGCGACGACUGUACGACGACUCGCCGGUCAUCGACCUGGACGCGGACGACGAGCUGGGCUUGCGCGUGAUCAACUUCAGUGCGGAUGUGAGCAGGAGCUGCGACGGCGAUACCGUCAAACGGAACCAAUUCCACCGACAAACAAGCGAAGACUGGAGUGUAGCGUCUUUAAUGAGUUGUCCAAAACACAACCCUCUAUCUCAGGACCUUCAAGAUCUCACCACCGACAUUUUGCCAACGAGCGAAAAGAGCCUCUUGCAAUAUAUUGACGAAGAGUUGAUGCUCAGGGCAACACUACCGUUGACAGCUGAAACGGCGAACAUGACACAGGGUAGUUCUGCGCUAUCAAUACACGACCAACAUUUGUCGCAAUGCAUUCAAUUAAAACAGAACUUUUUGAAUAGCUCCACAACCAAUAUAUACCAAAGUCUGGCGUCGAAUUUUCAAAGCCCGAUUGGAGCGUCACGAGUUUCGAUAGAUGAUCCAUUGUGUAGGAAGAUUGGUGAAACGGAUAUAAUGUACGCGGACCAACCAGAAAGCGAAGUUGCGUUAGAAUCUACACAAGUUAGGAAUGCAAAUUGUGAAUGCGGUCUUUGCCCAAAACCGGAACCCAGGGAUAACAACACUCUGAGCGAUUUACAACGCUCCGUAGCUUCGAAGUGCUCGUGCGACGCUUGCAACUCAAACGGUGAUAUACUGAGCUACUACAGGAACUGUUCGAAUCAGAAUCAGGAAUCGGGGAUCGUCUACUGUGAUACAUGUAAAAAGCAAAAGAUCUCGGUUUCAAACUUUAGGGCUCUGCAAAUCGCGAACCGUUUGCGGAUAUCGGAUACGGACAAGGUCGAAAAUGGCGGGACUUCAGACGAGGAUUUAUGUAGGAGAAUCGACAUGAGCUUAAAUAUGGAGGAAAAGUCAUACGAACAUAGGAAAAGACACAAUAGGCACAACUCUGACACCGUGACAGCGGGUAUAGACUUAAGUCAGUUCUGUCAAUGCGAGUUGGAGAAGAGGAAAACGUCUUCUGUAGAUGAAAUAUUCAAGAUGGUGGAAGAAGUAAGAGAUGGGAAGGAGUUAACGGUGGAGGAGACAAAAAGCACUCAACGGCAAAGGAGUCUAUCGGACAGUCAGAGAGAUAAAGCCAAAGUGGAUGCAGAAGCGAGCGCGGGUUCGGUGCCGCCGGUGCCGCCGCGGCGCGCCCGCUCGCGGCGGGCGCACACGCCGCCGCGUCCGGCGCCCAACGGCUUACCGCCCACGCCCAAAGUCCACAUGGGGGCCUGCUUCUCCAAGGUGUUCAACGGAUGCCCGCUCAGGAUAAACUGUACGGCGUCUUGGAUACACCCGGAUACACGGGAUCAACAUAUUUUAAUUGGCGCAGAAGAAGGCAUUUAUACGCUGAAUUUAAACGAACUGCACGAAACGGCCAUGGACCAGCUGUGUCCGCGACGAACCAUCUGGAUGCAUGUCAUCAAAGAUGUGCUUAUGUCACUCUCCGGCAAGACGCCGUCUUUGUACCGGCACGAGCUGCUAGCGCUGCUGGGCAGCUCACGUGGCGGCCGCUCGCUACGGGUGCUGCCACCGCGCUUGCUGCCACGUCGGUUUGCACUCACCACGCGCGUGCCCGACACCAGGGGUUGCAUGCGGUGUGCGGUGUCGCGGAACCCGUACAACGGCUACAAGUACCUCUGCGGCGCCACGCCGGCGGGUCUCUUCCUCAUGCAGUGGUACGAUCCCCUCAGGAAGUUCAUGCUGCUCAAGAAUAUAGAAUGUGUUCUUCCUAACCCGUUGUCUGCGUUCGAGCUGAUCAUCACACCAGACCUGGAGUACCCGCUGCUGUGCAUCGGGGCUACAAGGAAACCUCUGAGGCUUAACCUAAUCAAUAUUAACUCUGGUUCGACAUGGUUCCACUCCGAUGAGCUGGAAGUAUGUGUAGGGGGCUCGAAUACGGUCAUCCCAAGGCCAGAGAGACUUCACACUCUGAAGGCUGUUCACCAACUUAACAAGGAUGCGGUGCUAGUCUGCCACGAGAACAUGGUGGACAUAAUCCCAGUGCUCCCGACCUUAGAGCGACGGAGGCCUGAUGAGGAGAAGCGGAAGACUAAGCUAGUUUCGAGGAUACAGUUCGAUUUCCACAUAGAGAGUAUAUUGUGUUUAGCGGACUCAGUGCUGGCCUUCCACCGGCAUGGAGUACAGGGCCGGUCACUACGCAAUGCGGACGUCACCCAGGAGAUCACGGAUCUCUCCAGAGCAUAUCGCCUACUGGGACACGAUAAGGUAGUGGUAUUAGAGUCGCACACAUUGCACAAUACUCUAUCUAGCGACGACGGCAACGAUUUGUACAUCCUUGCCGGUCACGAGGCUUCAUAUUGA